UAUUGUACGUUAAGUUCAUUGUAAUUCAAAUAAUUUGGUUUUGAAUAUUUAUUAAGAAUUAAUUAGUAAAAGUCUUGUUUGACAAUUAGUGUAUGACCAUAAUCAUUGAUUUAAUUUGGCAACCAAGGGUUAACUUGACACUUUGUCAGAUUGUCACUGCUGUCAAUGCUUCAUUCAUUGUUGUCAUUCCAUUGAUAAAAAAUUGAUCGGGUAGCAGCAGGCGACAAAAGUGAGCGCGAGUGCGGACAACUUAUACUGAAUUAUUGAUUUUCGUUAAAAUAUAACGUGUUACAAGAAUCAACGCGGUGAAAGUGUUUGUGUAAUUUCGUGUCUCGAUGUCAACACAGUCUAAAACAAUGCCGAUGUUAGACUUAAAAAUGUAUGUGAGAGUUGUCGCUGCCGUGUUUUCUAUAUCAUCGGCCACAGCAUUUGUGCUAGCACUAAUGCGCCUCCUCAACCCAGACCUAUUUUACCUAGAUCCUUUAGAAGGAAAUGAUAUAGGUAAUGCACUAGGUGUCCACUACUUCAUAUCAGGUCUAAUGAUAGUGACAAGUGGCAUAGGUUUCCUGAACAGCUGUGUGGUGAUGAACCGCAGUUCCAGUAAGAACACGGGUCGGAAUAUCACCACCUGGUUAUUACUGGAUUCCUUGUUUGAAACCACGCGGGUUGUGUACGUGUUCGUCUGCGAAAUUAUGCUGAAAGGGAAGGGUCCAAUGCAAUUGUAUGAAUUGCUGAUCAGCGCUGCGCAAUACUUAUUGGACAGCUUUCUCUACUGUCAGAUGAUACUGCGACACUAGUAUAAGGAGAUUAUCCCUAAUUUAGGUGAUACUAUAGUUGCCAUCCAUAGGAUGCGCUCUUCCGCCCCAGAGGCUGAUAAAAUAAUGCAUUUGGUUUACAAGAAUUGUAUGAUGAUCUUGUAAAAGGUUGAACGCGUAGGAGAAGUUGACUUCUCUUUGAUAAGUGAUCGUUUUUUGUUUGUUUAUUUUGAUUGUAAAGCAUUGCUUGGGUGUAAAAUUGCCUGGUAUCCAAGAUCCAAUAAGGUGUUAUAGUUUUAAAGGCCCGCUAUAUAGUGUCGGUAAGAACUGCACUGCGUGUUUGCACAUCCAGGCAAUGCUGACUCAAAGGACCUUGUCCACAUGUAUUGUAAAAUAUAAGAUCAUUCCAUUGUAGCUGUGAUUAUCGAAUAUUACGAAUUAAAUUGGUAAGAAUCAUCUGAUUAUUGUAUUAGGUUGAGCCUUAUAGCAUUAAUUUAGGCAAAUGAAAAGAAUUUUUGCUUCGAAAUCCCUAAACUAAACUGUAUUUAUUUGAUUUGAUCUCAUCGUCCCUUCUCGCCGUACAAAAU